UCUUUUCUGUAAUAUGUAUAACUAACUAUUUUAGUUGCAAACAGACCACGACCACGCAGCCUAUGAGGAGCCACGUGUAUUCAAAGCGUCCUCCUCUGUCCCUAAAACAUCGUUCAGGGAUUAAAACCCCAGUCUGGCGUUUUUGUUUGUUGACUCGGUUUUUAUUUGGUGGGGAUUUUUGCAGCCGUUUAACCUCUUUGCCAUUCGGAUUUCCACUUUUGCAAUUGUUACCCAAUGAGAAGGUGAAUUUGCAUGCAGCAAUGUCAAGUUGCUCAACUAUUCACUUAACUUUACCCCAAUGGGACGGGGGUUCACGGAAAAUACGCUAUAUUUACUUAGUGAAUCUGACAUCGUUCAGUCUGACGCAGAGUUCCAACAAGAGUCCGGUGGUUCCUCUUUAUUUAGGAGCAGAUGUCUUCUCGAACACAGACAUCCGCACAGAGAACCAUCCCAGAUAUCACGCCAAGUUUGCCAAGAAAGGAUUCGCAACAAAAGUACAUUUUUCCUCAGCAUUCAGGUUCCAUGGGUUGAAGGUCCAUACAUCAAACAACAGCCUCUGGUUCUACAGCAUUCAAGGACUUUUUCGAGUGGCCUUUGAGAUGUACAGCAAGGAGGAGCAGCUUGCUGUUUUGGAGAACUUCCAGGAUGUUUGGAAAUCACAGAUAAAUGACAGCCCCCUGGAGAUGAGUUACAACCUGAAUGUUCAGCUUGGACUGCCACAACCUCAACGUUGCCAUGGUGACAGGGAGUCAGUGGAUGUGCAUUGCGGUGAAACUGGUGAUACCUCAGCAGAUCACGAUUAUUGUUCUUUGCCCAAGCAGAGCUCGCAGGCUGAGCAAAGCCAACAAGUUCUAUCAACACUGAGACAGAAAUUGCACAGCUUGGAUGACAAACUCUCCUCGGAGACUCAAAGCCACACAGACCGGCUGGAGACCGUAUCGAUGCUUUUGGACAACAUUGACCGGUACGUAAAUGGGAAGCUGGAAGAAAAGGACGUGACGGAAACUGUGUUAUCCCUGCUUAAGGCUAAGGACUGGGGGUGUGCGUAUUCCAGUUCCCUGCUUUGUGGUAUAGGACGAUGGCUGGGGCAACAGUUUCAUGCAGCCAACAACAGCAUCAGCCAUAAAGUGGAGGGCUUUAAAGUGCAGCAUAUCGAACGCAUUAGCGACUUGCCUCCUGCGGAAGAGCUGGCCACAGAGCUGUUCCCAGUCGCCAUGCAAACCCUGCUGCUCCAUUGGAUGGGCUUAAGUGACGAGUCCACGGUGGAGAGGAGACACAGCGAGUACCCGAUCCUGCUCCUCAUCCUGGAGUUUGCCAACCACAACCUCAUCACUGGUGUGGCUCAUGUGCUCUACUCCAGUCUAAUAUGUAAAUAGGAGUUGUUUUCCAACACAAAAACCUGUUGUUUUUUUAGGAAGUUACAGUAUCAUUCUUCAAUUGUCUUUUGUAUGUGCUGUUGUACAUUCUUGCUCUGGACACUUUAUUCUUAGAAACAUGCCAUUUCUAUCAGGUUUGGUAACAAAGAUGAUAAUCAUUAACUUUCAGUGGAAGCACCUUUUCUUGACAUAAUCUUGCUUUGCAAAAUGUUUGAUACCAAGCAGUGUGUUUAGCUAGAUAAGAUGUAUGUUAUUUUUUAUGGUCUAAUGCAGUAUAUAAAUACAGCUCCAAUAACUUGACAUCAAUUCAUUCCAUAUAAUUUUGACAAGAUUAUAUUGCUUUAUGGAUGGACUUUGGUAAAAUAAUUACAAUUUUAGUUAAACAUCAAACCGUGGUAACAUUUAAGUUAAUUAAAACAAAUGUAAUCAAAAGAUAUUGGAUAAAUGUAAAUGUGAGGUGAUGUAUGAAAUCUUAUUUAACACAAAUUUUUAUUUAAAAAAGCUUUGAAGUGUGUGAAUCUUCCAUCAAGCACAUCGAUGUCCGUCACAAUCCAAAAGACAAAAUGAAAACUCAGUUUAGGUUUUCAUUUCCAGGCAGGAAAAAUAAAUCCAUGUCAUUCAGAUAAGCAUCUAAA